UGGUAACAGUCACCUGUUUUAGGGGGCGCAUUCGGUCUACAGCUUUUGUAAAUUAAAAUAGUAUUUAAAAGACUUCACCGUCUCUCUGGCUUUACAACAACCGUGAAAUGGCUCAUGUUCGCACCUACAACCCGCGUGUUCGUGUGGGAAACUGGAAAGAAGACGUGACUUUAGAGGAGGAAACAUUAAAAGAGUUUACUCUGCAAAAAGACAGAGGCGAACUCACUGUACAGAAGGAAGGAGCUUUGAAACAUAACAUCCUCGAAACGGUGAGUUUAUCUGUAUCUCAGGAUGGUUUUUUACACUUUGGAGACACAGUAAUGCUGGUGAACUGUGGAGAUGGAGAUCACAUGCAGCGGAGCCCCUGUGUCCUCAGCAUCAUUGCGGACAGCAGUAAUGUCUCAUCACAUUCACAGACAAACACAGGCCCUCACCUUACCGGGCCCCUCCAAGUAGGAGGAGCCCACAGGAUGGACCCUUGUGUUAGAAACACUUUCAUCAUUGUAAGUGUUGAUGGGAGCUCUGAUGGAGAAGUGGUCAGAUAUGAUCAAAGUUUUGCCCUGAAAACCACUGGAGGCUUUGCUGGAGAGCUGUUUCUUGCCAGUGAUCACAAGUCAUUUCAGAAGUGUGCUAGAAAGUCUCGACUGCAGGAGCUGAGUUUAGUAGAGGAGUUUGAUUUUCUGUGCUGGUGGAAGGUGCUCUACUUCGACCCACAAGAGAGGCUUGAAAAUGAGGGAUACCCGGUUCAGGUGAACAGCAAGGUUUUGAUUUCCCACUGUAAGACCAAUCAAUGUCUGGCUGCACUGGGCAAUCACAUCCUAUGGUCUCAGUUUGGUAAAGAGUAUGAACUCACCGCUCACACCUUCCUGGACUCCCAUAAGGCAGAGCGGGACAAUAAUCACUGGCUGUUCUCCACUGCUCAUCCAGCCAAUCAGAGUCAAAGUCUCCUUCAACUACAGCAAGACGAGCACAGAGAAAACCAGGAGGACACACAAGUAAAGGAUUGCAGUUAAAAAAAACAAUGAUUAUACCAAUCAAUUCAAGAUUUUAUUAUAUUUUUCAAAGUAGACAAUUCCUCAAAUGCAGCAGACUUUACUCACUGCUGCCCUCUGCUGUUUAUUAAAAGUUUUGUAAAAGUGCUCAGCAUUGCAGUAAUUUAAUAAUAACAACAAUUUAAUAUAGCUUAUACACAAAUUCAUU